AUGCCACGUUCGGGUCUUCUCGAGGACAGUGAUUCACGGUCCCGCACACAAGACUGCGGGGGAAGCCCGGAAAGGCCAAAAUCGAAUACCGGGGAAAGCAGGAGGGGCCGUAGAAACCGUCGCUCUCGACGAAAACGGGCAGAGCAGGACGACAGCGAGGCCGAAGGGUACGGCUGGAGCGGCAACAAAUACAGCUGGGAUUCGGUAGAUGUGGACAGUACCGGUAGCUCUUCCGAUCAGCUGGAGAUGACUAAGCUGAACCCGAACAGUGGCGACGGCAAGCAACGACCAAAGCUCCAGUCCUUAAAAACAUGUACGAACUCCGAAAACGACGAGGACAGCGCAAGGCACACAGCCAACGGCAACAACAACACCGCGGCGGCGGCGCCGGAGAAGCUAUUUAGGUCCCCAGAUGGAACCAGAGGGAAACUAGACGAUUCCGGAGCGUGGGGCAGUGACUGCGAACAAGAUGAUGCAAUUCAGAAAAUGGCUGGGAGCUCGGGCUCCGGCCAUGGCCCAACGCAACCCUUGAUGAAUUCUGACGCGGAAUCGCUACCGCAGACUACCGUGAACCGCGCUGAGGUGGCUGUCGGCAAACCAAUCCGUGGUGCGCGGUGGGGCGAAUCUAUCGGUAUAAGAUCUGCAGUUUUUGACAGCUCGACCAUUCCGACUAAACGAGUGGACCUGAAAAGGUUCGUGUCCGGCCCGCUCAAUUCGGGCCCAGGGACCGUUCUACGUUGUUUCAUUGAGCGGGAUCGGAGUGGAACUCACAAGUUCUCCCCCGUGUUUUCUAUGUACGCCGAUCUCGGGGAUGGCAGUGGGCGCAUGCUGCUGGCCGCCCGCAAGCUGCCAAUACGUUUCACAUGCAAAGUUCGUAGAAGGAGGGUUUGCUCAAUGAUGUUUCUUGGCGCCGCUUAUUUCAACAAACCUCUUGUAUUUUUGUGGCAAACUCUCAACGCCCUCCAGCUGCUGGCCAGCAAAACCGCGUACUACACGAUAUGCACCCGGCAAGAGGACUUGUUCAAGGACAACGGCAAGAGGGGUGGAAACUCGUUUCUCGCCAAAUUAAGAGCCUCCAGCGUAGCCCACACGGAGUACGCCCUGUACGACAGGGGAGACAACCCUGCCGUAGCAGCUAGCGAAGCCAGCCUUGAUGCCGGCGCGGGGGCAAAGCCGAAGUCGAUGCGGAAUCCAAUUGACCUCGCCAGAUCCAAGACAUUGAGGCAACAAGAGAGGCAUGGCCAGGGAGAAGUCCGCAGGGAGCUUGGCGUAAUCAUCUACAACUUCGACAAAAAAGAGCAGGAAGGCGACUCUUGGAAGCCGGUCUCAUGGCAGCCUAACGAUAUGAAGGAGAGUAUGAUAAACAACUUCGGGCGAAUACGGUAUCAGGGUGCCCAAAACUUCCUCCAAGAUGAUCGUCUGCUCAUCUACCAUCAAAGGGAGAGCCGGUACGACCCUCUGUCGUCUUGCCUCGUUGACUACAGGGGCCGAGCGACGGCUCCGUCUGUGAAAAACUUCCAGCUUAUCAAGUCACCCCCAGAAGACAAUGUGAAGCGAGCGAGGUACUUCAGUGAGGGGGCGGGGAAGAACGACGUUGAAAGCAACGAUAUACCGAGACCAGUUUUUCUUCAAAUGGGCAAGGUGGGCAAGGACUGCUUCAACGUGGAUUUGGAGUGGCCAUUGUCGGUCCUCCAGGGGUUUGCCAUCUGCCUCAGCCGCUUCGACGCCCAAGCGCAGUUUUAGAUCAAUAAUAUUGCAAUCACUGCAAGAUCGACGCCGAUGGGUUUGAUCGUGCCCUCCAACACCUUUUUAAUCUCUCAACAUUAUCCGGUAGACUCGUGUGGCUGUGCAUUCGGCGGCACCUUGAAAGCUUAUGCCUAAAUACAGUGUGCAUAGCAAUAAAGAAAGCCUAUUUCAUCAAAUGCAGAGAGAAAGGCGGGCCAAGAUGUGACCGAUGGGAAGAAAAGGAGAAAGCAUGGCCAAAUUGGCAGGAAGAGAAAGCAGUCUGAGAGCACCCAAUUAUCAUUGUUGAAUCAGAUUGAAGGAUCAAGACGUGUGAUGACAAGGCAUCAUGUCGACGCCAUGCAACAUUUAAGGUUUGCCACAAGUUAAACUUCCGCCCAACGCAAAACGAGGACAUGAACAAGGCUCCUACUUGAACCGCAAGUAUCGCACAGCAGUAGGACACAUGGAAGUGCUUUAUCCAGCACAACUGGAAAACCCUCGGAAUCCAAUCGUUUUUUUUUAUUUUUGUCUUCACUUCAA